AUGCCGCCUCCCAAGCGUCCAGACGCUACAGAGUCUCCCAUUCGGGUGCAGAACUCGGCGUACCAUAACUCUCCCUCCCGUCGACGCCAACCACAAGACGAAGAAGCUGCAUACUAUUCGAACAACGCACCACCAUCCCCCUCAAAACCUCCGAGGCAUGAGCGUGGCCCUUCGAGAUCAUCUUUCGCAGAUACAAUUGCGCCUUCUCUCACACCUGCACCCACGACAGAGCCUCUUAAUCCACAGCCCCGAGCCGCUGGGGACUUACACAGGAAAAGAAGUUUGGUUCGCCCAGAACGCAAUAGGAUUGAUCGAGACCACCCCAACUACCACUACAGGCAACAUGCCACCAAUAUGAAUGUUUUACCUUCCUCAACUGGGAAUGAUCCAAUAAUUGAAGACUUGGAGGUAGAUGCUGCUGCCACAGAAACAUCGGGAUUACGAAGUUCUCAGGAGGCUGAGUCUGAAGUCUCUCCUCCUCGCAAAAAGAGCAGCCGUGGCCACGGCUCUGGACCCGAAGAUCUUGCCUCGAAAGAAAAGGCCGGUCAUUCAACUCGACAGCGGACCAGGUUGCACAGGUCGACGAAAGAGGAAAAGGAAAUGCAAAAGGCGCUCGAUGCUGUGAAGCCACCGAGUUUAUGGAAUGUUUAUUGUGCCAUCGUUACAUUUUGGUGCCCGGAUUUUAUUCUCAAGUGUUUUGGGAAGCCUGCAAGGGCACAGCAAAGAGCUUGGAGAGAGAAGAUGGGCCUAAUCAGUGUCAUUCUGCUUAUCAUGACAUGCGUUGGUUUCCUUACCUUUGGUUUUACCCAAGUCGUCUGCGGUACUCCUGGACUACGACUCCGUAUCAACCACGUCGACAGUGGAUAUAUGAUCUUCCACGGAAGCGCUUAUCAGUUAACUGGGUCCCACCAUCCUGCGGCCAUCGGGAUUCCCGUUGGUUCGAAUGUUCUUUAUGAUCUACCGGAAAAGCAUGGUGGCCAAGACGGAAGCUUCCUCUUUCAGAACGUCAAUGGCAAAUGCAAAGGUCUUAUCACUAAGAGUCCAGGAUCAGAUGUGCCAUCAGACUCUGAAGGCAACCUUGCAUGGUACUUCCCUUGCCGUACGUUUAACCAGGAUGGUUCAAGUCAACCCAAUAAAACAUGGCCCAACUACUUAGGAUACGCUUGCCACACUAGCUCCAACGCUCGAUCAAAAUUUUAUACCGAGCUCCACAGCGCUGGAGAUGUGUAUUUUACCUGGGAUGAUAUCAAGAAUUCCUCGAGAAAUUUGAUGGUCUACUCUGGCAAUGUUCUCGAUCUCGAUCUCCUAAACUGGUUCAAUGGGACAGAAGUAACUGUACCCUCGCGCUUUGCAGAACUCAGUGACCGGUCAAAAGCCGCCAAUGGAGCAGUCCGUGGAAAGGAUGUGACCCACUCUUUUCAGAACAAAGACGACAAGGAGAUAGCCCAGUGCUUGGAACAAAUCAUCAAGGUCGGGUCUGUUGAUACGGAGACGGUUGGCUGUAUCGCUUCAAAGGUGGUCCUUUACGUAUCACUGGUCUUCAUCUUGUCCAUCGUCAUUUCGAAAUUCGUUCUGGCUCUUCUUUUUCAAUGGUUCGUCAGUCGCAAAUUUGCUGCGUCCAAGACUUCUCAAUCUUCAAACAAAAAGAAGAGGCAACAACAAAUUGAGGACUGGACCGAAGACAUCUACCGAGCGCCUCAAAGAAUUGCCGGUGACGUUGGCAGCACUGUCCUUGGAUCUGACAGACCGAGCAAGAGAGCAAGCACAUUCCUACCGACAACUUCUCGAUUCACAAGUCCGUAUGCUGGAGACCGAGCAUUCCGAGUUGGACGACCCCUACCUACCACCAUGGCAAGUCAGACCUCGACUGCGGCGCUUAUUCCUCCAAAUCCCCUCUUCAAACAGCAGAACAGCCAGAACAGCAGCCGACAAAGCUUUUUACGAUCUGAUUCAAAUGGCUAUGGCGCUACCCAAACCGACACGGAAGGACCAGGUCCAGCAGGUUUCAUUCACGAGGCUGUUGUGCCGCAACCUCCGGCUGACUGGCAACCAUUUGGGUAUCCUCUGGCUCAUGCUAUCUGUUUGGUUACGGCAUAUUCGGAAGGAGAGCUUGGGAUCCGAACGACUCUUGACUCGGUAGCAAUGACGGAUUAUCCUAAUAGUCACAAGACUAUUUUGGUUAUCUGUGACGGUAUAAUCAAGGGUAAAGGAGAAACUCUGUCGACUCCGGAUAUUGUUCUGAGCAUGAUGAAAGAUCAUUCCAUUCUCCCAGACGAAGUGCCCGCUUUCUCGUACGUAGCUGUUGCGAGCGGUUCCAAGAGACACAAUAUGGCAAAGAUCUACUCGGGUUUCUAUGAUUAUGGCGCCCAUUCGAGUAUCCCAUUGGAAAGACAGCAGCGUGUCCCGAUGAUGUGUGUGGUCAAAUGCGGCACACCAGAUGAACUUGUAAAGAGCAGGCCAGGAAACCGAGGCAAACGUGACAGUCAGAUCAUUCUGAUGUCUUUCCUCCAGAAAGUUAUGUUCGACGAGCGCAUGACCGAACUGGAAUUCGAAAUGUUCAAUGGUUUGUGGAAGGUCACUGGCAUUUCGCCUGAUUUCUAUGAGGUUGUUCUCAUGGUCGACGCCGAUACGAAGGUGUUCCCAGAUUCAUUGACUCAUAUGGUCUCGGCCAUGGUCAAGGAUCCUGAAAUCAUGGGUCUUUGCGGUGAGACGAAGAUUGCAAACAAACGAGCAUCCUGGGUCUCGGCCAUUCAAGUCUUCGAAUACUUCAUCUCCCAUCAUCUGUCAAAGUCCUUCGAGUCCGUCUUCGGUGGUGUUACCUGUCUUCCUGGAUGUUUCUGUAUGUAUCGCAUCAAGGCUCCAAAGGGUGGACAGAAUUAUUGGGUUCCUAUCCUCGCCAACCCGGACGUUGUCGAACACUACUCUGAGAACGUUGUGGAUACCUUACACAAGAAGAAUCUGCUUCUUCUUGGUGAGGAUCGCUACCUCUCUACACUCAUGCUCAGAACAUUCCCCAAGCGCAAGCAAGUCUUCGUCCCACAGGCUGUCUGCAAAACCACAGUGCCCGAAACCUUUAGCGUCCUCCUUUCACAGAGACGUCGUUGGAUCAACAGUACAGUCCACAACCUCAUGGAGCUUGUUCUGGUCAGAGAUCUUUGUGGUACAUUUUGUUUCAGUAUGCAGUUCGUCGUUGCCAUCGAACUUAUCGGAACUUUAGUAUUACCUGCAGCAAUUGCAUUCACGUUCUACGUCGUAAUAAUCUCCAUCGUUCGCUCCCCGCCACAGAUCAUUCCCCUCGUACUCCUCGCCUUGAUUCUUGGUCUCCCAGCGGUGCUCAUCGUACUGACAGCCCAUCGCUGGUCGUACGUUGUAUGGAUGUUCAUCUACUUGCUCUCUCUCCCAAUCUGGAACUUCGUCCUCCCUGUCUACGCCUUCUGGAAAUUCGACGACUUCUCCUGGGGCGAUACUCGAAAGACAGCUGGGGAGAAGACUAAGAAAGCGGGCAUCGAAUACGAGGGCGAAUUCGACAGCUCGAAGAUCACGAUGAAGAGGUGGGGUGAAUUCGAGAAGGAACGGAGAUUGAGAUCGCAGGCGGGAUGGAGCAGUGGGUAUGGCGGUAGUAAGGAAAUGGGAGGGGCGUACUCGGUUCAGCAUGGGUGUGAGGAUCAGUAUUCUGAUAUGUGA